AAGCAGUUACUGACGAGCAAACUCGGCGUCCAGCUUGGUAUCCUCAAUACCGCUCGCUUUUCCGCCCAACCUGCACUCCUGGGAAGUAAUAAGCUCUCAUGCGUAGAUCCCAACAGUCUCUCCGCUUACUGGCGGGCCUAGCGAGCUACGUGCGCACGGGUCAGCGGGCAGCCCAGACGCUGACUGCGCUUGCGUUGAGCGAGCGGCAGCUUUCGUCGCAGACAGCCUCGACGUCUGGACAUGGCUACUCCUCUGGCUGGCCAUUUGCUGCCCUCCCGCUGCUGGCUGUGGCCGCCGCGGGCACGACGCUUGCGGAUGCGAAAGACAGCCCUGACCAGGAGGGCUUCCACCUGCUGCCGCUUGCUUCGCGCCAGCGCAUCUUCUUUAAAUAUGAGAAGCGCAUUCGAGACAUGAGCACGCUCGAUAAAGUCUUCGAGUAUUUCAGCUCGCAAGAAAAGGAUAAACACAAGUUCCUGGCGGACGUCGACUUGUUGCGUGCCAUCGUGCCAACCUACCCGCCCAGCGAGUCGCACCUUGACCGCUCCGGGUCUCUCGACGGUGAGCGCCAAAGCGCGCGCCCACAGCCGUUCUGGAGCAAGGCGCAGACCGGCUUUUUCAAACAGUUCGACGUGGACGGCGACGGGCUCAUCUCCUAUCCCGAAUUCCUGCUGGUGCUGACGCUGCUGUCCAUCCACGAGCGGGAUGUGAAGACCAUUUUCGACGUGGUGGACCUGGACGGAAACGGCCAGAUUGACGCUGAGGAGUUCAAGGCCGUCAUGGAGCUGCUACAGGCCAUGGCCAACGUGCACACCUCCAAGGUCGGCCGCUCGCACAAGCUGUCCAUUGACUCCGAGUCUGGCAUCCUGGUGUCGUUCUUCGGCAAGGACGGCGAUAAGAAGCUGUACCUGCCCGAGUUUCAGGACUUCCUCAAGAAGCUGCACGAGGAGGUCGUGAAGCUGGAGUUCGCGCACUAUGACAACAUGGGCCGCGGCUCCAUGGCUCCGGUGGACUUCGCGCGCAGCCUGGUGGCCACCGCGGACGUGCGCCAGGUGGACAAGCUGCUGGACAGGGUUGACGCGCUGGAGCCGGAGCUGCUGCGCAAGCGCAUCAGCUUUGACGAGUUCCUCAAGGUGCACCAGGUGGAGCGCAAGCUGCACACGCUGCAGGUGGCGCUGGACUUCUUCGCGCAGGUGGGCCGCGCCGUGACGAAGCCCGAUUUCGUGAAGCUGCUGAAGAAGCUGCUCAACGUGACGCUGCCGCCGCACGUGGUGGACAUCAUCUUCGCCGUGUUCACGGACGACAAGGGCAACCUGGACACCGCCACCUUCCUGGAGGUCAUGCAGCGGAGGGAGAUUAUGUGGGGACGCCGGAAGAACUCGGACACGGACGGCUACCCGCCCGGCACCUUGUCGCGUGCGAUGGUGUGCAUGCGGCGGUGCUUCUACGACGAGUAGUCGGGAGCCAGCGUUAGGGAGGAGGUGGCAACGCCAGGGGCAUCCCGCAGCGGCGGCAGGCUGCACCAGCGUGUUUGCGGGGGCAAGCCCGUACGCAUGCACGGUACUGCACGCUGGAGGCGGGUAGUGUCUUGGCGCAACGCGGGGCGGCAGGGAAUGUUGCUGGACGCACGCGGGGGCAUUGCUAUGGCUUGAAAGGAGAACUGCUGUGCUUACAAUUGUGUUGCUAAGACCCGGGUGAAUGUUCGCGUUUCCUGCCUGUUGGGAGCUCGUCUUAUCGACCGACGCUACGGUAGUCGAUGACCGAGGCGGGGAGGUCAGGGAGGCGGGGAGGUCAGGGAAGUACGACGUUGGCGUGUGCAUCUGGAGUAGGACUUACAGCGGGCGCUGUUGAACAAGGGCUACGGUAGUCAGCCCUUGUCCAGUUGUAAUAUCGCUGCCGC